GCUCGCGGCCAGGCUCAAGGAGUGCAGGUUCCCCGCCACGGCGCGCCGAGGGGGAGCGGCUGCGGGGGCUGGGGAGAGCACGCACAAGUGGAGGGAGAUGGCGGCCAGGAAGGAGGAACUCCUGCUGCGGAGCCGGGACCGAGUCACGUUCGUGUUGCCGAAGAGCGGGCCCGAUAUGCUGGAGCUGGAGAGGUCGAGGGAGCUCACGCGACCGUCCGCGUCGCACCUGACUCCCUGUCAAGGGACGCAGAAAUGAGGCAUUUGAUGCAGAGACAGGCAGAGAACAGUUACAGGAAGAUGGAAGAGUUUGUCAUAAACAGGCUGAGAGAAAUUAUGAGGUCAAAUAGAUUUGAUUUUUUCAUUCCAAAGGUUUCCAAUAUCGAAGGUAGGUUGAAAAAUGGGUAUUAUGCUCGCCAUGGCUUCCGUACCAUCAAGCAUGACAUCCGUACCAUGUGCCAAGAUGCAUUGAGAUAUAAAGAUGGCAAUGAUUUGGAUGAUGUAAAGCAAAUUGUUGUCUCCUUCAUACAACUAGCAAAGAGACUAGGGAACCCAAGGUACAUUUCUGAGAGAAACGGAGCAGCAGCCCAGGACAGCCUGGACAUUAGUCAAUAUUCAUUUGAUACUAAACUCAAAAAGAAGCAAAACAAAACAAGAGCAAAUUUGGUGGCUGCUGGAGCAGAUAAUUCAUCUCGUGCAUUUGACCUUGAAAUCAAAAGAAGCAUGUCUAAAUUAAAGAAAAAGGAUGUCUGCUCUGGUAGUGAAACAUCUGAUGAUGAUGGCUACUCUGAAGGUGAUGAAACUGAGAGUGAAACUACUGUUUCUGAUACUGAGAGUGACUUUGAUGUAAAUUCUGGAGCCUAGGAUUUAAAAGGAAAUGGCCUAAAGUUAACUGAACAUGGGGAGUCUGUGAUCAAUGAUCGUAUAUUAGGUGCCCGCAUGACAAAGAGGAAGUCUAUAGAAUCAAGUCAGCUUGUCACUCAUCUAAUUGAUGAGAUUCUGUAUUGGCACAAUGCUGUUCCGAGAGAACUAAGUGAUAUAGCAGAGGAGACUAAAAGGAUACAUCAGUCUGGAAUUUUUCUGAUAUAGCAGGAUUUAAUAUGAGGCUGCAAUUUAUUGCAGAUGUGCGCAUUUUCCACAGGCAUAUACUUGUACCCACUACACUUGUCCAAUCUGCUGCAAAUCCUUGGGAGAUAUGACGAUAAAC